CCGUCAGAUUGAGAGCAUUCUGGCAUCUAAUCUUGAAGCUCUCUGUACCUAAUCGUCUCUUCCAUCCAUCUGAGUCAAAAAAAAAAAUAGUUCGAAAGCUUUCGAAUGACAUUAAUUUUGUCGAAAAUGGAGUUCAUUUGGCCUUUUCUUUAAAUAUUUACGGUUCAGGGCUGAACGGAACGGAUAAUGUGAAGGAGGAGAAGCAGAGCUCUCGAACGGUACAAGUUGUGUCCAAAACGGAGUUCAUUUGACCAUAAGUUUUAUAAAAUUACGGUUAGAGGCUGAACGGAACGGAUAGCUAAAGAGGAGAUAUUUAGCUCUCGAACAGCGUAAAUGCUGUUCAAAAGGGAGGUGGUUUGCUGGCUUAAGUAUGCAACGUGAAAGAGGAGAUGCAGAGCUUUCGAACGGUCUGGCAGAAGCAGAAGGAUCAGAAGAUACAGAAAAAAACAGCAGCAGCAGCAUGCGUUAUUUCUACUUAGCUGUCCACGUUGGAGAAAGUUCCCUGGGCAGUUGGUAGAUAGAGGCAGUGGCUGGCAUUGAAUGUAGCACGAUCUGACAAUAUUUAAGAAACUGCAGAAGAAUUAAUGGAGUGUCAGAAAGAAGAGACGAAUCAGCAGGAGAAAACUAUAUGUAUUUGUUUAAAUAAUUUUUUGUUUGUUUGUCCAUUAGAAGUGGUGAAGUAUUAUCCUUUAAAUAAUCACGUUUAAUCGUUUAAUUCGGUCAAGUUUUAAAAACCAGAAAUGAGUACAGAUUAAAAAGAAGAUUAGGUUAUAAAAGCCAGAAAAAAUUUCACAGAAUGCAGUAGGGCAAACAUUGGCAACGUCAUCGAAGGCUAAAUGUUUUCAGUACAAUGUCUGUCGAAGAGGUGCGACUGCAUUUUAGUCUCCAUUAGAAAUUUCUUGGCAGCAAUAAAUGUAUGAAUCUUAGAAGAAUGUCGUGAAAAUUUAAUAGAUUGUAAGAAAAUAGAGCAAUUUCAGAAUUUCAGAGGUUGUGGAAUGGCCAACGUUCGUUAUUAUGGAGGUCAUAAAGGACCGAUUGCCUGCUGCACAAAGCCAGGAAUGACAUGUAUAUGACUUACUGGAAUUUAUGGUUCAAUUACAACACUUCUUGCUUGGCUUGGAUUUAAGUUAGUAGAUUUUGUUACCGUUAGUCUGGAAUCGGUCCUUAGGAGCAGAGAUGGUGAUCGUCAAUUCUGCUACUUUACAAAUAUCUCUGGUACUAUUAGUAGUAUUAUUUCCCUUGUAUAGAGUUGCUCAAUCCCAAGUUACUAGCGACUAUGAUGCAUUGAUGGCUUUCAAGGCCUCAACUGACACAAAUCAUAGAAUCACCUCUUGGAAAGGUAAUGAUCCCUGCAAUGGCAAAUGGUUUGGCGUGCACUGUGAGAAUGAUAGGGUAAUUCAUCUUGUGCUGGAAAAUGCUCAUCUUGCGGGUCCAAUAGAUUCGUUGGCCGAUCUAGACCAGUUGAGAGUCUUAAGCCUAAAGGGGAAUUCUUUAAACGGCACCAUGCCAAACUUGACCAAGUGGAGAAGCAUGAAAUUGUUGUUUCUCUCAUACAAUAACUUUUCUGGCUCUCUACCUUCAUCUAUAUCAUUGUUGGAUCGGCUUUGGAGGCUUGAUAUUUCAAACAAUAAUUUCACUGGGCAGAUACCAUAUUCUUUAAAUUCCUUAAGCCAUCUCCUCACCCUGAGACUUGAAAACAAUGUAUUCACUGGUACAAUUGCACAAUUGAACAUUACCAGCCUUCAGGACUUCAAUGUGUCCGGCAAUCAUCUUACAGGGGCAAUCCCUGGAUCUUUGUCUAAGUUUCCAGCUUCAGCUUUUGCCAGUAAUGUGAUUCUCUGUGGCAACCCAUUACCAAGUUGUAAGAAUAUUAUCAGUAAUCCCACCACUCCAGGAGGUAUUGUGAAUUCCAAUCCUGUAACACAGGAUCCCAGUGUGGUGCCCUCAACACCAAGUUCAAAGCCUGAAACGUCACAGAAUACAAAGAAGAGUUCCAACAAAUUAAGCAAGAGUGCCGUGAUUGCUAUUGUGGUUGGGGAUUUUGCAGUUUUGUUGCUCAUUGCAUGCAUAUUUAUAUGGUAUUACUGGAGAAAAUAUGCUAGAAAAAUGGAGGAUGGGAAGCCGGCAAAGAGAUUGGAAACAGAGAAGAUUGUGUAUUCCUCAAGCCCAUAUCAGCAUCCGUCUAGUUCUGCAGAGAGGGGAAAGCUGGUUUUCUUUGAGGGUACUCGGCAAUUUGAAUUGGAGGAUCUUCUUCGUGCUUCAGCUGAAAUGCUUGGGAAGGGCACUUUUGGAACUGCAUACAAAGCUGUUUUGGAAGAUGGCAAUGUUGUUGCAGUGAAAAGAUUAAAGGAUGCACAAGGCUCAGGUAAAAGGGAUUUUGAGCAGCAUAUGGAACUUGUAGGAAAGUUACGGCAUUUGAAUCUGGUGAGCUUGAAGGCUUAUUACUAUGCAAGAGAUGAAAAAUUGCUUGUUUAUGACUAUAUGGCAAAUGGAAGCUUGUAUUCCCUUCUUCAUGGUAAUCGUGGUCCAGGGAGAACCCCACUUGAUUGGACAACCAGAAUGAAAAUAGCAAUGGAUGCAGCUAGGGGUCUGGGGUACAUUCAUCAUUCCUGUAAAUCUCCCAAGCUGGCUCAUGGGAACAUCAAGUCUUCUAAUAUUUUGUUAGAUAAAAGUGGCAAUGCUUGCAUCUCAGACUUUGGGCUUGCAGUGCUAGUAACUCCAGCAUCAGCAGCAUCAAGAAUUGCAGGGUAUAGAGCUCCUGAACAGGCAGAGACGAAAAAGAUAUCUCAGAAAGCAGAUGUGUAUAGUUUUGGAGUUCUACUUCUGGAGCUUCUUACUGGAAAAGCUCCUUUCCAACCACAUUCCCUGGAUGAAGGCAUAGAUCUCCCCAAAUGGGUACAAUCUGUGGUAAGGGAAGAGUGGACAGCAGAGGUGUUUGAUCUAGAGCUAAUGAGGUACAAAAACAUCGAGGAGGAAUUGGUCGGCAUGCUUCAGAUUGGUAUGGUCUGCGUCUCCCUGUCUCCAGACCAACGUCCAAAGAUGAGCCAUGUUGUGAAGAUGAUUGAAGACAUCCGGGGAGAACAGUCCCCCAUGUAUGAGUCCUUUGACUCGCUAUCACAGUCUCCCUCAGUCUCUGAGGACACAGGAGCAACUAGUCACUAGCCAAAUUGAGAAAGCUCAAAGAGGUUCAAUCAGUUUCAUGUCUUCCACAAUGCUGGUUUGGCAAAUGAGGAGAUACUUGUGGAGCCCUUCUUUUCUUAACAGAUUUUGAAAAGCUGCAAAUUAAAUUUGGCUCCAACAGAGCUCCAAUUAGUCAUCUAAUACCCAGCCAGCAUCUCCAAUGUAGGUUAAGCUUGGUUUGGAUAAGACGAACAGGUGAUUUGUGUUUGGACGUACUAAUAGUGUUAUAGUAGAUAUUACCAGUGAUUAAUAAUCAUUUUCAAUGAUGUUGGUCUUUUCCUACAAGUAUAUAGAAUGUUAAUGCUAUUACUGGAGAUCCAGUGCCUUUUGUAGCAAUUCUCUGUAAUUUCCACUCGGGCAUCUUACUGGACAAUAUAAUUUGCCUGACUGUUGAAACUAGGAUAUUUGAUAAAUAAACUUGUUUUUUUCUUGUAGUACAA